AUGACGUUAAACGAAAAACAAAUUCUGAGCUUUUUAGAUGACGGAACAGUUAGUGAUAUAGAUAUAUUAAAUAGUGAGUCAGAGAAUGAACUCGAAAAUUUAUUAAAUAAAUUUGCGAAUGAUGAUUUCUCUGCCGAAUUCGAUAAUGAAAUGCUGGCUAAUAUAGAAAAAGACUUACCCGAAGAAGACGACCAAACAACAAAUGCAACUCAACAGUUUGGAAAUGAAGUCUUUGAUAUAACACCAGUGCAGUUUCCAUUUGUCCAAAAAAAAGAUAUCAAAUGGGUAAAUAAACCAUUUCAAGAGCCGUAUAUAAAUCUAACAGAUUUAGAACCAAUAGAUUGUCCCUCCACUAUACCACAACCUUCAAAUAAUGACUUUUCUUUUAAAUCUACAUCACCUUUGGAAAUAAGAUCAUUUAUUGCAAUACAAAUGAUGAUGGGUGUUUUGAAGUACCCAAGGAUCGGGAUGUACUGGGAACAAAAAUUUCGUGUGAAUUUAAUUGCUGAUACAAUGGCCAGAAAUAGAUUUUAUUCUAUUCGACAAAAUAUUCAUAUCAUUAACAACAUGGAUACUCCUUGUAAUAAUACCGAUAAAUUUGUGAAAAUUCGUCCAUUAUUUGAUGCUUUAAAUAAUCGAUGUAGACAAUUACCAGUAGAAAGAAACCUUAGUGUUGAUGAACAAAUAGUUCCUUUUAAAGGCCAAUUGGUUGUAAAACAAUAUAUGAAAGGGAAACCGAAUCCAUGGGGCAUUAAAAUAUUUUUACUUUGUGGUCAAAGUGGCAUUGUCUAUAACAUGAUUCUUUAUCAAGGAGCUUCAACUAAUAUUAACAAGAAUCUACAAAAAAAAUUUUGGUCUAGGUGGAGCAGUUGUCCUCGAUCACACUAA